AUGAAAUUCUUCACUUCGUUACUAUUGAUUAUUACUGUAACGGAGGCUGCUCCUCCACCACCACCGCCAUCUCAAUAUGAAUCACGUACUGCUGCCGGUUCUAUGCCAUGUUACUAUGGCUGUUGGGCACCUUGUGAAAGAAUCCAAUGUCUUAAUGGAGGUUAUUGUAUUCAACCAUCAUCUCCAGCAUCUUUAGCUUAUUGUCAUUGCCCUUCACAAUAUACCGGAUAUCGCUGUGAACAAUCAGCUGAUCCAUGCUUAAAUUAUAUAUGUAAUCAUGGAACUUGUCAAAAGGAUCGUAGUAGUCAACCAUUUUGUUCAUGCUCUGAAGGUUAUGGUGGUUCACGGUGUGACGCUCAAAUUGAUCCUUGUGCCAAAGUCAAUUGUAACUAUGGUCGAUGUAAAGCCGAGCAUAGUGUAGUUGUUUGCCAAUGUCAUCAAGGUUAUUCAGGUCGUGACUGUCUUACACCCUUGGAUGCAUGUACUCGAGUAUCAUGCAAUUAUGGUACAUGCAUUAGUGAAGGUACAUCAUACAGAUGUCAAUGUCAUCAAGGUUAUGAAGGUUCAGCAUGUGAUCGACGAAUAGAUCUAUGUUCAAAUUUUGUUUGCUAUAAUGGAGGUGUAUGUCUUACACAAGAAAAUCUACCACUGUGUCAAUGUACACUUGGUUAUCGAGGAACGAAUUGUUAUGAAUUAGAUGAUCCAUGUUCACGUUAUGAUUGUUAUGGAGGUAGCUGUACAAAUGAGCGAGGUAGUGCUCGUUGUGUUUGUCCAAGUGGUCGUACAGGAAAUCAUUGCGAAGAUGAUAUUUGUGUAUUGUACCCAUGUGCAAAUCAUGGUCAAUGUGUUCCCGAAGGCGUUACUCGACGUUGUAUUUGUCCAACCCCAUAUUAUGGAGAUGAUUGUCGAGAAUAUACUCGACAUAAUCCAUGCGAAAAUGUUUAUUGUGGUUAUGGACAAUGUCGUGAAGGUCAUUGUGAAUGUUAUACAGGUUAUACAGGACCAACUUGUGAAAUUGCACCUGAUCUUUGUGCUAAUAUUAAUUGUUAUCAUGGUACAUGUCAAGAAGGUCAUUGUAUAUGUUUCGAAUAUUAUACAGGGACCUAUUGCGAAAUUUCAACUACAACAAUUCCAACAGUAUUACCAAUCAUAUCAACAACAAUAACAACAACAGGUCGAACUUUAAAAACUCCAUGGAUUGGUCCAAAAACCGGUCAAUUAAUUGAUUAUGGCCGUCUAGGUGGAGCUCGUCUUGGUCCAAUUGGUUGGAUAUUAGCACUUGUUAGUGGUUUACUUUUACUUCCACUUGCACUUGCAUUUGCAUCACGUCAAUGUGCACGUAUUGUGGUACCACCUCCAGUUGGUGGUGGUUAUGUACCAGUCAUAACCGGUACAACAGGUGGAACACAAACUGAAGCUGAAACUCCAGCAGCACGUAGUAUUCAAUUGGAAUAUGAAAAAGGUGAAAAGUUAGCUGCAGCAGCUGAUGAAAUGGAAACAACACGAAUUGAACAAACACGUGAAGUUGUUAGAGAAUAUAGCGGUAUGGAUACCGCUGCUGCUGCUGUUUUUACUAAUUAUCCGACAAUGUCAUCACGUUAUGGUGACUUUGCACGUGAUAAUCAGCAACAACAAACAUCUUCAAAUUAUUCACAACAACAUAUCAUUGAAACAGAUUAUCAUCCACCACCAGUAGCAGAUUUUGGUUAUGCUCGUGGUGGAGUAACUGAAGGAUAUCGAGAUACAUUUGAAUCAUGGGAAGGUAUGGCUGGUGGUGCUGCUGGUUAUUCAAUGAAUGCUAUGUUUGCUGAUGGUGGUUUACAAACAGAUUAUGAAUUAAGUAAUAUUACAUCAAUUAGUAUGACACCCAAUGGAAAAUAUGCUAUUGUUGGACAAAGUCAAGGACCACCACAAAUAUGGGAUGCUGUGAAUGGACAAUUGGUUUCAAGUAUGCACGGAACAAGUAUCAAUUGUGUUAAAGUUGCAUUAGCAUGUAAUGGAACACUUCUUGUUGGUUUAGCCAGUGAUGGUAUUGAUACUCAGGCAAAUAUACUUCAAAUGUGGGAUGUUAAUACAGGAAAACCAGUACAAUUAACACAUCAAGUAAAAUGUGCUACAUUUACAUUAAGUAAUAAUUCAAAUAAUCUUAUUAUGGCUGGUAAUCAAAAAUAUGGACGUGGAAUAUCUGUUGGUAUUCUUGAUUUAAAUAAUUCAGAAUUAACAAAAGAAAUUAAAUCAGAUACGAGUCAAUCAUAUGGCGGUACACCAUCAUAUAUAACUUUAACACCUGAUGAACGUUUUGCUGUUGUUGGUUGUCCAACAGGAUCAACAACAAAUUAUGUUGUUUUCGAUUUAACGACACCACAUGAUUUAGUUCAACCACCAAUAAUAACAAUUGAUUCAGAUCCAAAAUGCUCACUUAUUUUAAAUAAUGAACAAAUAAUAACAGGUACAAGAAAUGGACAACUUAUUUAUUGGGAUAUACCAUCAUGUCAACGUAUAAGUAUCUUAAGUGAUAAUGGACAAAAUGCACAUAGAGAAAGAAUUACCGAUAUUAAAUUAUCACCUGAUCGUUCGUAUUUUGUAACAACAAGUACAGAUGCUACGGCUAAAGUUUGGGAUUCAAAUUCAAAAGAACUUAUUUCACGAUUAAUUGGACAUAAACGAGAAAUAACUUGUGCAUGUGUAUCAACAAAUCAAUUAGUGACAACUGGUUCAAGAGAUCAAAAUAUAUGUUUAUGGCGUAAGCAAGGUCAAUUAGCAUCAACAAUGCCUGUUAAUAUGACGCCACUUGAUAUACAUAUGGCUGCACAUAAUCGAACGGUUGUUGCAAUUGGUGAAAAAGAUGGCGAAAGACAAUUAUUAAUGCUUCGUGUUCUAUCUUUACAACGAUAA